GCCCUCAGGAAUCCCAGACAUUGGAAGUAAGAGAUGAAGGAUGGAGAAAGGAAAGCUUCCCCUUGGUCACAGAAAGUUGAGAGAGAUCAGCCAGGCAGACUUAACACCCAUAAAUCCUUGGUGGGAUGCACCCACAGGUGCUGAGGGAGCUGGCCGGGGUUGUUGCUUAGCCAUUCUUGAUCAUCUUUUAAAAACCCUGGAGAAUGAGAGAGGUGCCCAAUAAUUGGAGAAAAGCCAGUGUUAAGUCCAGCCUUCAGAAAGGGCCAGAAGGAAGAUCUGGGAAACUCCCAGCCAGCCAGCCUUCAUCCCUGGAAAUGUGAUAGAACAGCUCAUUCUGAAGAUCAUCACCAAGCACCUGAAAGUAAAGAAGGUUAUUGGGAGUGGUCAGCAUGGAUUCACCAAGAAGAAAUCCUGCUUGACCAAUCUGAUGCCCUCUAUGAUGGCAUGGCAGGAGGGGUUGAUGAGAAGAGAGCAGUGGGUGGUGUCUACCUUGACUUCAGCAAGGUUUUUGACACUGUGUCCUGUAACAUCCCCAUGGACAAGCUCAGGAAAUGUGAGUUGGAUGAAUGGACACUGAGGUGGAUCAAAAACUGGCUCAAUGGCUGAGCUCAGAGGGUCGUGAGCAGAGCAGAAUGCAGCUGGAGGCCUGUAGUCAGUGGCAUUCCCCAGGGAUCAGUAUUUGGUCCAGUCUUAUCCAACUUCUUCUGAGGUUUGGUGCAGCAGAGGCUUGGAUGAAGAAUGCCAAUCCAGGGAUUGGGAUUCAGGCAUGGGGAGUGACCGUGCAUGUUUGUUGGCACCAGCCCCAGUGCAGCCUCUCCAUCAAGGCUGAUAUGUGACACGGGUGUGUCCCACGUGGCUUCAAAACUCUAAUAAAUAUAUUUCCUCCCCAAUCUUCAAGCUGUUGGGUGUUCCUGGCUCUUGGGAGGUGCUUUAAAUCUGACUGCCAGAGCUGUGGGCUGCUGAGAGCAGAAGCUGCCUGCACGAUGCUGAGCUCAGGUCUUCCUCCCGUUCUGCUGGUGCUCUCAGUGCUGGAGCUGAGCUGGUCCCUGAGUGAUGAAGAAAAGAAGAUCAUCUUGGAUGAGCAUAAUAAAUAUCGCUCCCAGGUCUCUCCUCCUGCCAAGGCUAUGAUGAAGAUGACCUGGGACAAGGAGCUGGAGGUUGAUGUUCAAGAGCAUGCAGAGAAGUGCAGCUGGACCCAGAAUGGGGGCCCAGGCAGGUUAAACCUCUUUGCUACAGCUUCAACCCUGGAUGUGGAACUGGCCAUUGAAGAAUGGAACGGGGAGAGGAAAUUCUACAACUUGACAACAUCCACCUGUGUCCCCGGGCAGACGUGUGACAACUACACCCAGGUGGUCUGGGCAGAAACAACUCGCAUUGGCUGUGGGAGCAGUUUUUGUAAGAAGAUCCAUGGAAUCGGAACAGAGAACGCACAUCUGCUUGUUUGCAGCUAUUAUCCUCCAUAA